AUGCAAAGCUGGGUCAGGGAAUGUGGGCCCAAGGCGGUGGCCCUGGCAGAAAGAUUCCUCCUGAGCCAGGAAGAAGACAGGACGCAGGAAGCCCUGGGUCUGUCAAAAGAGACUGGUGAUUUCCCUGAGGCCGAGUGGGCUCCAUCAGACCCAAGACCGAGGUUACUCUGCAGGGAAUUACCAGGGGACGCUGAGGGAGAUGCCAACUCCUUGGAUAGCGGAAGGGCACUGCCUGGUUGUUCUGGGCCUCCCCCUCAUUGUGGAAGAGUGAAAGCAUCAUCUGUGAAUCUAGUGGAGGGUCUGGUGACCUUUGAGGAUGUGGCCGUGCACUUCUCAGAGGAGGAGUGGGCUCUGCUGGAUCCGGACCAAAGAGCCCUGCACCAGGAAGUCAUGGAGGAGAACUGCAGGAAUCUGGCCUUUCUGGAGAGGGAGAACAAGAGAGGAGCAAAACAGCGCAGAAAGAAACCUGAAGACCAACAACAAAGGAGGAAGGAAUUUGUUGAUUCUGACGAUUUCUAUUCCCACGAAAUUCCAGUUCAAGAGGAAGGUCACAGAGAAUACAAAUGUUCAGAGUGUGGAAAGAGCUUCAGUCGGAGAACACGCCUUACUUCCCACAAAAGAAUCCACACUGGGGAGAGACCAUAUACAUGUCUAGACUGUGGAAAGAGCUUUAUUCAGAAGGAGCAUCUCACUACACAUCAAAGAAUCCAUACAGGGGAGAAACCAUAUACAUGCCCAGACUGUGGAAGGAGCUUCAUUUGGAGUUCAGACCUAUCUUCCCAUCGAAGAAUCCACACAGGAGAGAAACCAUAUAUAUGCUCAGAGUGUGGAAAGAGCUUCCGUCAGAAAGGGGGCCUCACUUCCCAUCAAAUAAUCCACACAGGGGAGAAACCAUAUACAUGCCCAGACUGUGGAAAGAGCUUCAGUUGGAGCUCAAACCUUACUUCCCAUCAAAAAAUCCACACAGUAGAGAAACCAUAUAAUUGCUCAGAGUGUGGGAAAGGCUUCAUUCACAAGUCCAGCUUUGCUUCCCAUCAAAGAAUACACACUGGGGAGAAGCCAUAUAUAUGCUCAGAGUGUGGGAAGACUUUCAGUUUCUACUCCAGUUUUUAUUCCCAUCAAAGAGUCCACACGGGAGAGAAACCAUAUAAAUGUUACGUGUGUGGAAAGUGCUUCAGUCAGAGCUCAAACCUUGCUUCCCAUCAAAGAGUCUGCACAGGGCUGAAACCAUAUAUAUGCUCAGUGUGGAAACAGCUUCAGUCAGUGGUCAAUCUGUCCUUCCCAUUACAUAUUACAGACGGGGAAGAAACCAUAUAAGUGCUAUGAGUUGUGAAGAGAUCUUCAGGCAGAAGGUCUCACGUCUUAAUUCCUGUCCAGAAAUCGGCAUGGGGGAGAAACCACAUUCAUGAUCAGAGUGUGGGAAAGGCUUCAAUCAGUGGCCACACCUUGCUCCCCACCAAAAAAUCUGCACAGGGGCCAAGUUGUAGGAAGCAAAUUGGUCAAGUACACAGCCCAGCUAUAAAUGCCUCCUAGUAUCUGACUUUCCAUACUUGAGAAAGUGUUAAACGUUGGCACCUUAAGGGUUUCUUAAGCAAUUAUGGACUCUUAUAGCAGGGGUGGCCAACAGUAGCUCUCCAGAUGUUUUUUGCCUACAACUCCCAUCAGCCAUGCUGGCUGGGGCUGAUGGGAGUUGUAGGCAAAAAAACAUCUGGAGAGCUACCGUUGGCCCCCUCGCCUUAUAGAAUUCUUUCAGUGCUGCUUCCACAGUGAUUUUGCAGCUGAAGUGCUUCAAUUUGCCUGAGGGCAGCGAUCUUUGACAUUCAGCGAUCUUUCCCUACACAUUGCACGGGACUUCUCAGCAAUAUGCAGUGCUGUUGACCCAGGCCUCUCUCUUGCACUGCCCUCCUGGAUCAGGACUGGUUAGUUCAAUUUUGUAGCAGUUCCAUUCUGCUCAGUUUUGGAGGACAAGAGCUAGACUGUGUUGCUCGUUGAUGGCCGCUCUCCCCCUGAGCUCUGUUUUCCUCAAAACCCGAUUCAGUAUGAUCUCUUUCAGAAAGCUGGCAGUCAAAGAAUCUUUGGAUACUCUAUAGCAGAUAUAAGUUUUGCAGGUAACGCCCAGAUCCGCAUUAUUUUCUUUGCUAAAGCUCCCAGCCACAGGGCAAAUUAGGCAUUAAAAUCCCAGGGAGAAAUCCUCGGGAGAUUGAGCUGAUCGAGGCUGGGUAAAGAGUCAGCAGCCAUGGCGUAUUUACUGCAGUGUUGUUGCCGGGCCAAGAAGCUGACCUCGGAAUGCCGACAGUGCUGCGCCCACCACACUGGCCAUGGAUACAGGCUGCGACCGAGUCCCGCUCUUGUGAAAAUGGGACAUGCAGUGAGGAGGCGCUGAUGCUGCUCUCUGCCAUGGAAGCAGGAGAUGGGGACCUGCCCUUGCCAGCGCAACGGCGGCGGCCCCUCAAUCUGUCCCCUGCUCUGCCCCUUAGCAGGUGCCUUUUCAUGGCCUUGAUUCAGAGCAGGUGGGAGCUUUUGAGACUCAGCCUUCCUUUCCUAUCCCACCUGCACCCACAAAAAACUCAUUCAGCCCCCGGGGCCAUUCCUCAACCCUUCCCUGCAGCCAAAAGUGGGGCUUUCAGACUGCCUGGGCUGAGCAGCCAUAAUUGUCCCGCCUCCAUGCUCUCUUUUUCCAAUGCUGGGGCACACAAAAAGGAUGAAUUCAAAUUGCAAUGGUAACUUUGCAACCCCGGCUCUCUUCCGGGCAGUUCGUAGCAAGGCUGUAGAAUUUGCCGGCUGGAGCUCGGAUUUAGAAGGGUCAAACCCAGGAGUGAUUGACUCUUAGCCAGGGGUGGAAUUCUAGUGGGGGCGCCUUUGCAUAUUAGGCCACACACCCGCUGAUGUAGCCAAUCCUCCAAGAGCUUACAAGGCACUUUUUUGUAAGCUCUUGGAGGAUUGGCUACAUCAGCAGGGUGUGGCCUAAUAUGCAAAGGAGCUCCUGCUAGAAUUCCACCCCUGCUCUUAGCUAUCUAGGUGUUUAGGGGCUGAUCCACUAGCGUGAGGAGCAGAGAUCUCUAGUGGGUCCAAUCCGUAAGAUUCUUCAGUCCAGGCAAAUAGUUGGGAAAGGGGAUAAAAACUUCAAUAAGAAGGAGGAAUCCAUAGGUGAGGAAAGCAAACUGAAAUAUCUUAUUUCAGAGUCCCGUUUUUAGUUUUCCUGAUUUUAUAGGGUCUCUUGAGGAUAAAGAACAAUUAGCUCCUCAGGAGAAGCUGUACGUUAAGAAGCAAGGAAGAACAAUGAGGUUACCAGCAUGUGCAUUGAUCCGAAGCAAAAUUCAGCAUUUGUAAAUGCAGGUUGCUUUUUAUUAGGAGCAACUGAAGUGAUACAAAACAAAUGUUCAAGCUUUCAGAUUCUGCAGACCUUUUUAACAGGAUGGAUUUUAUUUUAUUUGCGGGGGGGGGGGGUGGAGGUCAGUUCCAGGCCCUGAUCUUCUCUCGCUAGUGCAAGAUCUUAAGAUCCUGCCCUGAAACAGUCCACCCCCUCCCUCCAUACAUCCAAAUGGAUGAAGAGUUCUGGAGAGCUCAAAAGCUUGCACCAUUUUGUGUUAUUUUUACUGGUCCUUUAAAAAAAAAAAAACCAUCCUGAGGUUUCUGUUUUAGGAGGAAGGACAAAAGCGACUAGUUGACGGUUCAACUUCAUUAAUUUGUUUCAUGAAGGAGCAGAUUUAUAUGCAGUAGCUUUUCUGCUGUGCUGUUUUAUAUUGUCGUUUUAGCUGAUGUUUUAUCGUAGGUGUUACCAGCCUCUUUAUGUCACACUGUUUUUUCUGCUGUUACUUGCUUUUUUCAUGUUUUCUUUUAAUUGCUGUAAACCACCUCAUGAGUUUUUGGCCCGGAAUGUUGAGUAUGAAUAAACAAGCCUCAAUGAGGACUAAGCAAGA